AUGGAGACCGUGCGAGUCAGGCAAGGGAUGCCAAAAGUGUUUUCUCCCACUGUCAUCAUUCGCGAUGGGAAAGGAUGCUUUCCAAGGAUGUUAGCAGCAAGCCAGAGGAUUUCCUGUGAACCAUUUACGGAUGAGUUACCCGUCGAGAAGGAGGCAAACGACGAAGUACUGGAUCUGAGCAAACCUCGAAGACACAAAACAGAUGUGAGGGAAGACGUUUCGACAAAUGCUAGUGAAGGAGAUAAAGACAUCGCCCGCGGUGAUUGCUCUCAGACAAACUUAGAUUGCGGGCCCCGGAAACUUUCCAAUGAACUUGUUCCGUUCAAAAAACGAACUCACGGCAGCUCCUAUGUUGCUGGAGACAACAGGAACAGAGAAACUAGACAGGGUUCGAUCUGGUUUCUAGAUGUGUGCAGGAAGCAGGAAGAUUGUGGAUCGGCGGAAGCUCACCAAAAUGUUUGUUCAGCUGGGCUUCACCAGCAGCUGAGUGUGGAGCCGGCCGUCUGUAGUUUCUCCUGUGUGGACAGCCCGGGGAAGCAUCCAGGCUCAAAGACGUUGACCAGGGGAGACUACGAGAUCAAGGGUGACCACUCCCUGGGCCACGGCGACCCUCCUGGUGUAGACUCUCAUGAUGUUUGCCUGGAGAAAGGGGAGGCUAGAGAGGAGCUUGUCAAGCUGAUCCCAGCAGCAGACAAUGACACGAAGGACCCCGGGAGGGAGAGUAGACGACCGCUCGUCAAGCGAAAGCGACCUCGACAGAAGACCUACCCCUGCCCUUUGUGUCACGUGACCUGUAGUAACCGAGGACAGCUGCUUGGACACCUCCGCACUCACACUGGUGAGCGGCCGUACCCGUGUUCGGAGCCAGGCUGCUGCAAGACGUUUGUUCGCAACGAGGAGCUGACGCGGCACCGACGCAUCCACUCCGGCGAGCGGCCCUACGUGUGCGGCACGUGCUGCAAGGCCUUCACGCGCAAGGACCACCUCAACAAGCACCUGCGCGUGCACGCGCUCGGACUACCGGAGUGACAGCAGUUCACGUGCCCAUGACGUAAUUUUCACGUAGCAGAGAUACAACUCCCACUCCACAUAAACAACACCGUUUUCGUGUUUUUUUCUCCCAAGAGUCGAGGAAGAAGAAUCUGAACCAAGUUGAAUGUGUUUAGCAGCAGAAAGGACGAUGAUUUUUAACUAAUUUAUCUGAUCCUGAUAGAAAGUGAUCGUGUGACUUGGUGGCCUUUUACACACAUCUACACAAAUGUUUGAGUGCUCAUAUAUUUAUAUGUAACGUCUAUUUAUUGAAAGUGGCAACCGCCACCAGCAAUACCGGUUGUGGCUAUGCGAGCGUGGUUUAUAUUUUUCUACCCCAGCCAUAAACCUAUCACAAAAGAAUCGUGAAAAGACUAACUCUCCUCCCUCAAAUGUCUUUAUUUGUCUGUGCUACGUCUUCUGUUGUAGCAGUGUUUCGAAACCCCUAAAAUAUAUUUUAUCAACGUUUUAGUGCAGCUGAUAACAUAAACUAAUCUCUGAAAAAGUCAUUAAAUGUUGACAUGUUAUUAGUCUGGAAAUAUAGGUCGAUGUAGCUUUUUCCAGCAUUUUUGACACUAAUGAUCUUGGAUUUGUGCAUACAUGAUGAAAGAUCUUUUUAUACGUCUAGCAGAACAGAUUGUAUCUCAAUGUUGUUUACCUGUCAUUACGAUCCACAUUUUAUAUACUAUCCAUUGAUGACAAUUUUAUUCACCCUAACGGCUCAUUUCGGAAUAUUGUAAAUAUAGCCAUC